AUUUCGUGUAAGUCAUAAUUAAAAAUUCAACAUUGUGGUUAAAGUGCUCAAAUAAUCUAUGACAAUCUUCAUGUGAUUUAAAUAAAAUAGAAAUUGCAAAUACUCACAUGACUCAUGUAGAAUAAAUCUGGGACUAAAUUUUUGCACGAUUUUUAAAGGACGUACCAGUCACUACCAGAGUCGCUUCAAAUAUAUAUAUUUUGCUCUCUGUUAAAAAAGCGCAUAUUCUAGAAGGACGUGCUAGAUAUUUCUGCAAAAAUGAAAUUAGCAAUACUAUCCCUGGAUGUUGUAAUUUUAUUAUUAGGUGCUUCCGAAGGCUAUUCUAGUAAAAAUAAAGGGGAGGAAACCCUUUCACUGGUACACCUUUUCCGGUCAAAACGUUUUGAUUUCACUAUGUUUGGAUGCUCCGACUGCAGGCCAGUAAUGGAGUGUCAUUCAGACUCGUACUGUAAAUAUAAAAAAGGGAACCAGUAUACAUGCGAGUUCAGAUGUUGCUCCUUCCGGUGCGUUAACCGCAACUCUGGAGGUCGCGCAAUGUCCGCCCACCAUUUUUAUCAGAAUGAUGAAGAAGAUGAUGACGUCACUGAAAAUGUCAGCGGUGAAAAUCAACACAGUGAAAACUUCACGACAAAUGAACCUGAGAUAAGAGACACACUUAGUCAUUCAGAGACAAGCUUUGCUUCAGCCACCUCAUACAUUUCAACAGAAGCAACACGGCAAAUGCAAAAUGUUGAUGACGGAGAUACUGAAGAGAACGAAGACGGAUGAAGCUUUGUCUGACGAUUUUAUGGUGUUUUUUUUUCUGCUAAAUGACACCUUAUGUUUCACCACUGCUUGUCAGUGUGUUGCGUUAAAAAGGGUCUUUGGAAUAUUCUGCAGAGGAAGAUAGACGGCUGUGCAAGUUUAUGCAGUUUGAAUUACAAAGAAAGAAAGUUUCUAAAUAUACUUGUUGUAGUAAUUAUAAUACUUCUAUUUAGUAUAUAUCAAUGGUAACACUAUUAUGGUUGACAAACACUGCCUUUAUACUAAUAAUAACAUUUCAUUUGAUCAAUACUUUGGUACUGCCAUGUUAACUUAAGGUAGUUCUGAACGUUUGAUAAACCGGAGGUAAUGGCACAAAGCCAUUAAUCCGAAUAAUAUCUCCCGUAUUUGGUGACGGAAAUCAUUUUAUGAAUGAAUGUCAAACCAAAAGUACAUUUUUAAAACGGAACAUUACCAGCUUUUUUAAUUAGAUAAAAACGUUGACUUGUUAAAUACUUCCAAAUAACGCCUUAAAAUCAGUUUGAAAUGUGCGGAUCUCUUUAACCAUAGGUAAAAUAUCUUAAAAACAACCUGUAGAUUUUAUUUCACCAUAUAAUACACCAUCUUUUUAUUAACGAGUAUGAGAAGUUCUUUUUUGAAACCGACAUUGUAGAAAAAAAAUCUGGUUGUGAAAAAUUUACCAAACUUGUAAGCUCACUCUACUUGCAUUAUGAAAACUUGUCUGAGGUAACCUGUCAGAGGUAUAACCUUUUCAAUUCAGACUAGCUAAAAUCAAGCACACAACCCAGACUAUCUUUUUUAUUUGCCAAAUUUCCUAUGAAUAUUCUGAUUUUUUUUUAAAAAAAUAGGGUUCAGUCGAAUUCUACAUUGUAUUUUUCUAUGCGAACGCGCAGAACUCCCUUAAUAGCAGGUGGAAUGUUAUUUCGAAUAAAAUGAGCUCCAUAGUUGUGAUAUAUAUUAUUAUAUUUGUUUAAG